AUGACAUUUCGGAUUAACCAGUUCGCGUUAUUUUUGUUAAUAUUUGGUAAUUUAUUUUAUCUGACAACUGUAUUCGCAGGAAAAGGACCAGUUAUUACAAAUAAAGUUUAUUUCGAUAUUAAACAUGGUGAUGAGAGUUUAGGUCGUAUAGUUAUGGGGUUAUAUGGCAAGACAGUUCCAAAAACAGCUGAAAAUUUUCGUGCAUUAUCAACUGGUGAAAAAGGUUUUGGAUAUAAAGGUUCAAAAUUCCAUCGUGUGAUCAAAGAUUUCAUGAUUCAAGGUGGAGAUUUUACAAAAGGUGAUGGUACAGGAGGACUAUCUAUUUAUGGAGAAAAAUUCCCUGAUGAAAAUUUUAAACUUCGUCAUACUGGUCCUGGUGUUUUAAGUAUGGCAAAUGCUGGACCUGAUACUAAUGGUUCUCAAUUCUUUAUUUGUACCGUCAAAACUCAAUGGCUCGAUGGUCGUCAUGUGGUAUUCGGAUAUGUUUUAGAAGGAAUGGACGUAGUUCAUAAAAUUGAAAAAGUUAAAAAAGAUUCCGGUGAUCGACCAACAAUUGAUGUUAUAAUUGAAGAUUGUGGUGAAAUUCCAAUUGAAGAUAAAGAAAAACCUAUUAGAGCUGAACUAUAA